AUGGACAGACUCUACAGAAUUGUUCAUGAAUUUAUUAGGCAAUUUGAUCUUAAGCUAAACAAGUUCUCUCAGACAGAUGACAACGCCUGGUAUUUGGUUAAUAGUGUCAGGACAAAAGCUGGGAAUAUCAGACAGAACCCUGAUAUCUUGAAUUUUACUGUGGCUCCCUCAGAGAAAGGCAAAUCUGCUAAAGAACUUUAUGUAGGAAUUCUGCAGAAGGCCUUAGAGCAGUUCUGGAGUCUAGAUUGUGGAGCGUUGCUGGAUCGGUAUGACUCCUUUUCCACCAAGGAGUACUUGAUUAAAGAAGGGAAUUUAAGCCAUGGGGCUGUACAGAUGAUUGGAGACUUGAUGAAUGAGGGUGCUGGAUUCCACAGGUCAUUUCUUAACUCUCUCAUGGAGUUUAAUAUCUUCUUUCAUGAAGACAGGUGAGAAACAAAUGUACUUAAAUUGCAAGGUUUUUGGGGUGUCUACAUUGCCAGUGGGCUGCCCAUGGCAGUGAGUCUUCUAGGAGAGGUUGAGAGACUUAGGCUAGUGGGGAUUUUACUAGCACUGUACAAAUAGCUGUGUAGACAGCAC